AAAAUUCAGAUCCUCCUUAUAAGCCAUCUCCGAAGGUAAACCUAAUUAAAUUCCAUUUUUCUGGAUAUCUAAGCUUUUCUUCUAUCGAGAUCAAAGCAGAAAGGGGAGAAAGGGAGACGGGGCUGACAUUUACAAAGCUCUUUAGUCGGCUUUUCUCCAAGAAGGAGAUGCGUAUUUUAAUGGUGGGUCUUGAUGCAUCUGGUAAAACCACGAUUUUAUACAAGCUCAAGCUUGGUGAAAUAGUCACAACAAUCCCAACUAUCGGAUUCAACGUCGAGACAGUGGAAUACAUGAACGUCAGCUUCACCGUUUGGGAUGUUGGUGGUCAAGACAAAAUCCGUCCCUUAUGGAGGCACUAUUCCCAGAACACUCAGGGUCUCAUUUUCGUGGUGGAUAGCAAUGACAGGGACCGUGUUGUUGAGGCAAGGGAUGAAUUGCACAGGAUGUUGAAUGAGGAUGAAUUGAGAGAUGCUGUUUUGCUUGUAUUUGCCAACAAACAAGAUCUUCCCAACGCAAUGAAUGCUGCUGAAAUAACCGAUAAGCUCGGGCUUCACUCUCUCCGCCAGCGCCACUGGUAUAUCCAGAGUGCAUGUGAAACUUCUGGGGAGGGCAUCUACGAGGGACUCGAUUGGCUUUCCAACAACAUUGCUAGCAAGGCAUGAGAGGGAGGAUCGUUGUUUGAUUGUUCAUCAGACAUGUAAAAUCAAAUAUGUUGGACACGCAAAUACCAUCACAACAUUAAAUUUUAGGAUAAAUAUUACAAGCAAUGAGUGAUUAAGGCAAUAACAUGGUGGUUGUUCUUGUCCAUCGGCUUUCUCAUGGCCUAAUCCAAUUAUUAGCUACAAACUUUUAUUAUGGUUGAGAUUUAUUUAUUUAUAUCAACAGAAUGAAUAUUAUUGGCUCUUGAGCCAAGUUGAUUAAAUUUUA